AUGUCGGACACGGAUUUCAAGGAGGAAUACCCUUGUGAUGCGUACACAGUUGGGUGGGUAUGCGUCACACGCUCAGAAUAUCUGGCUUCCAAGGUUCUUCUCGAUGAAGAGUAUGAACAUCCAAUUGUCCCCUCGUUUGACAAUCUGUAUGUGGUUGGUCGGAUGGGAAAAUACAAGCAUAAGAUUGUCAUCGCCAAGUCGAGCAGAAUGGGGCAAUCUGCUGCCGUUUCUGCUGCCACAAAAAUGGUGGCCAAUUUCAAAAAUAUCCGCUUCGUCUUGAUGGUCGGAACUGGCGGCGGUGCCACAAAUGCUCCAGCGGAGUCUGGCGGGGGUAAAUUGGAUGAUAUAUUGCUAGGGGACGUAGUCGUCAGUAUGUCAGGCAGCACUGACGGUGGUGUAUUGCAGUAUGACAUGGGAAAACAGACUGAUGAAGGAUUUGAAAUGAUCAAGUGUCACUUGAACAAGCCUUAUGGCCUCCUUACCGAUGCGGUACACACGCUUUGGACAGAGCACGAAGCUGGGAAAAAUAAAAUGCAAAAAUUCAUGCGAAAAGCGACCGACACCGUUUCUAGGUUUAGAUUCCCUGGCCGUGAGGCAGAUCGACUCUUUAAGCCGGAUUAUGCUUGUGAAACCGAAGAGAGUGGCGUCUGCAGUAACUGCUCAGAGACGUUUGUGGUGUCGCGAGAGAGGCGUACUUCAGAUCGCCCUCAUAUCUACUCUGGCUUAAUCGGAUCUGCCAAUACAGUCAUGAAAAACGCAGAGAAGCGAGAUUUCAUGCGCCAGAACCAGAAUGUGCUGUGCUUUGAAAUGGAGGCAGCAUCCUUGAUGGAUAAUUUUCCAUGUAUUGUCAUCAGGGGAAUUUCCGAUUACGCCGACAGCCACAAGAACGAUCACUGGCAGGACUACGCUGCGCUGUCCGCAGCGGCUUAUGCGAAGAAUCUUUUAGAUAUCAUUCCGGCAAGAAGCAUUGAUAGGGCUAUGGCAGCUGGGUCCAUUGUAGAGGUAGGCGUACGAGAGAUAAACAAAAAGAUGGAUGAUAGGCAACGUAAUGAAAUUUUGCAAUUACUUGGCAAUCUUGAUUUCGCGUCCAAGCAGGAAAAGCUCUUAGAAAGCCGCCUGGUCACGGGAACCUGGCUUGCGGAACAUGAUGUAUUCAAAAGAUGGAUUGAUGGUGUUAAAUGGGAUCUUCGGCUUUAUGGAGAAGCAGGUAUUGGAAAAACCUUUCUUUGCGCUUUUGUGGGGAAGUAUCUCAAAGACCGAUACUCCGGUACUUCCCAAGAUUCACAGCUACGACCACCGGCUGUUAUUCAUAUCUAUUUAAGUGAAGAAAAGGAUCAACUACAGGAGCAAACUAGAGAAAAUUUGUUAAAAAGCCUUGUGAAACAGCUGGUUCUGCUCGAUGAAGGCCACACUAUACCGACUGCACUCGAGAAUGCAUCGGAGGGGAACCCUCCCCGUGAAUCUACGAUAAAGGCAGCGUUUGAAGAAUUGUUGAGAAGGCACGCCCGAACAUAUCUUAUCAUUGACGGAAUUUCUCAGUUCAAAAGCGAUGUUCAGGAAAAUCUCAGCAUGUUUUUCCACUUCAAUUGCAGUUGUAACGGCGAUGACUUUGACAUCUGUUAUGAAUGCAAGUUCAACAAUUUUUCUUGUUCAAAUGAACAUGACAGCAAUGAGACCUACGAGACAGUCUACAUAGAGGCGUUCCCCCGAGAGGGUGACAUUGAAAACUUUUGCCUCGAGAAGCUAAAGCAGUUCUCGAUCAAGCCUCGUCAAUCAGAUGACCGCCAACAUGGUCAACAAUAUCAUGAUUCAGCCUUUGUUCGUUAUCUCCGGAGAAACCAAGCCUCGAUAGCCCCAAUUGCCAAAAGAAUAGCGCAGCAUGCGCAAAAAAACUUUCAAAUCGCAAAUAUCUGGCUCGAAAAUUUUGUGCGCAAAAGAACAGUGCCAGACAAACUCGACGAUCUGAUCCAUGAGCUUGAUCAAGUACCCCAAACAAGGCUCAGUCACUACUUCAUGGAAAAAGUUGAGAACAUGAAGCAUUACAAGUCGCCUGAUGAUUUUUCCCUAGCCUUGGAGACAAUCUCGAUGAUAAUUUCAGCUUUCCGUCCAAUAAAUGUCUUGGCUCUACAGCAUGCUUUGGCCCUCGAUAGUCACGAUAUAAUACUCGAGGAAGAUUUGACCGACAGAGAAGUCAUCUCGAUGGCAACAAGUGGGUUACUAAGAAUUGAGAAAGCCGACGAUGCAAAUUCCUUUGUAUACUUGACCCACGACUCCAUAAGGGCCAUCAAAGUCAAUACUAAUCCGUAUACAUCCUUUCAAAAUCUGCAUGAAAAGAUGGCCCGUCUCUGUUUAAAAUACCUCGAACACAAAGACUAUUCACAACAUUCCAUGGAUCUCGUGAAAUAUCCGUUCCUGUCUUAUGUCCUGGAUCAUUGGGCAGACCACGUUCGUGAGGUCUCCGAAGAAGCUUGCUUUGAAAGGGAAAUCAAAUACAGUGCUAUCAAGUUCUUGAAGAAACCCGAGAAAGCCCGUGAAAUAGGGCGACAGGCCAGCGAGCGGUAUUCAGAAUACCCUGCUCCCUCCUCCUGGCUUUCCAAUGUUGACAAUGGACUUCAUCUCUGCGCUUGGUAUAAUCUGUCGGAACUCGUCAAAGAGUUUCAUCCCAAUUAUGAUGUUUUUGAUCGUCAGGGAAAGAAGAGGCCUCUCAAUUAUGCGUGUGCAAAUGGUAGCGAAGAGACCGUGAAGACUUUAUUGGAGUCUUUGGAAUGGAGCCCACAGACAAAUCCUGAUAGGAUUCAAGAUGCUAUUCAGGAUGCGAUAGUAGGCCGUGUUUUUUUUGAUCAAGAACGCUCGGUCGAGCAAGAAAUACGCCAAUUGCGUAUCGUGAAGAUGAUUUUAGAAAGAUGCAAUCGCACCCUUGACAGUCAACUCUUCCGAAAAGGCAGGACGAUCCUGAUGUAUUCGGUGAUCUGUGACUAUUACGUCUUCGCAAGAGAGCUCUUGAGGAGCGAGGAAAUCAACAUGAGCAUUCGAGAUGAGGACGGACGGACUGCACUGUGGCAUACUGUAGGUGUGGAUCCAGGACCGCCAAAUGACCCCCAUAUCCACUCAUGCGAGGAGCUGGUCAAAAUACAAUUGGACAAGGGUGCUAGCAUCGAUGGGAGUAUACGCGAUAACGCGAUAUCGAACGGAAACUUGACCCUUCUUUCCAUAUUAGAUGCCUCCAGUUCGAGGUUGAAACGAAAGCGAGCUUGA